GCGCAUGCUCCAGCCGCCACAGGCCGGGUAGGGCGAGAGUGUGCUUGCGGCGUGGUGUGUCUAGUUGUCUAGAGUGGCUGAGUUACACAGGAGACCUCCUUCGUUCCUUCUACCGUGGUAGAAGUCAAAAAUAAUACAUGCGGCUGCGCCGAAUCAGCACCGUCAGCUUUGCCGACACCGGGGUUUAAAAUGCAGAUAUAACGGAGGAGAGAGUCAGCCACCUGCCUGCGAGUACACACACACACACACACACACACACACACACACACACACACACACACACACACACACACACACACACACACACACACACAGAGACAGAGAGAGAGAGGAAGAGAGAGAAGCAGAAACCUGCCUGACCGAUGCGGACUGCAGUGGCGUUUCCCGGUUUUACGCAUUCCAGCAUUCCGCACACGCACUCAUGACAAGGACGCGAGCUUUAAAAACACAUUGUAACUCCAUCCGCCGAAUAUAGAUGGAUUCAGUAUCUGUAAAUAUGGAUUUCAUUAAUACAGCACACGCAGAAGUAUAUGCAAAUGGCUUAAAAGAAGGGGGAAGAAAGUAUCAGAUGCUGUCUUUGUUAAACACCAUGCCUUGAAGUAAAUGUAAUCUGCCUCACAUCAUGAUGGCACCCAAAGGGAUCAAGAUUGUCCAACUGAGACUUUCACCAGAUAGUCACAGGAGGCAGUAUAAGAUCUCAGCUCUGUGACCUGAGCCAUGCAGAAGUGCUUCACAUCCACUCCUCCACCCAAAGCCUUCCAUUCACAGCCUACAGAUAAGCCUUCCCCACAAUCUACACCCACCCACAUUCUCCCUUCAGAGCAACUGAACCAGUGCAUAAGCACUGCUCCGAGUCAUAGCAUGGCUAGCAAAAAUGUGAAACGGCACAGUUCAUCCUAUUCCUCAGCUGUGGUGCAAGUCUCUGGCCCAGGGGCACCUUCUCGAGGCUCCCAGCAACCUCAUGGUUCCACUCAGCCAUUAGAGCUUGGUCAAACAUCUGUAGUUACCUUUGGCUACAUUGAGAAGGCAAAUGUUCAGCAACUGGAGAGUCCACAGAAUUUUUUGAGGAAUCAGAGAAAGGCCACUCAGCCACAUAAGAAUGAACUGGCCUUCUCUCUCCCCUCAGGCCCCUGCAGCAAUAAUAGUCCUUUUCACCAGCAAGCGGGCUCACCCGCUCUCAACCAAGUCACUGUGGGAUGUUCAGUCACAGGGGGUCAAGCAGCCACCCAAAGACCCCUAGAGGACUUUGGGUCUAAAUUUGCACAUGGGUCAGACUGGAGUCCAGGGCAGAAACCCAACCAGCAAGUGCAAAGUCAGUCAUGGGCAGGAUCUCCUGGUCAUGACACUUACUCACACAACUAUGAUACAGAAAGGCCAAAUGGCCCAUCAAGUAUCCCAGCCUCACAUUGUUUGUCAUCCCACACAGGAAACUCCAACCUACACCUAGAGCAAAACUCCAGCCCCAGGGUCCAACAAGACCCUAACCUACACCAGCUAUCCAAUGAAGGCACAUCCAGUGAGGUGGAUGGUAGUCCUUUCUCAGGUCAGAAGGGCAAUUUGUUGAUCACUAAUGCACAUUCUGAAGGUUUAAACCAGCUCAGUGGAAGCAAUACAUCAUCAGCACUGAACAGUCCAGAGGUAGCACGUCGGCUUGCAGUGGAAGCCGCCAAAAUCUCGGUUAUAUUUGAUGAUCUUCGAAAGUCACCUGCCCACAAAUCUUUUGGAGUCCAGAGUGAGCUAGGCAGUCCCAAGCAAUCUCCAAACUGCCUCUCACAACAUCGGAGCCCGCCUAUGAAAAUGAACAUCCCUUUACAUGGGAUGCAUUCGGAUCUUUCUGUAACAAAUGAAUCUACCAUUUGCUCACAAGCAGCAGAGACUUUAGCCAUUUAUAGUCCUGAAAGGGGUGAGCAAACCAACUACUUCUGCAGCUCAAACACCUUAGGACAGGUCUAUGACUCUCCAGCUCUUCCUUCUAAUGCAAUGUGUCCAUGGCUGUCAAAAGGAGACAAGAACUCGCCUGUAAGAGACCCUCGUGCAAUUUGGGGUGACUUGUCAAGCACAGACAGUCCCACCCUGCACAGAAGGAGACUUCCACAGUAUACAGGUGAAGUCUGGAACCAUCUGGAUACCUGGGAUCUGUACUCACAUGUGCACAGUAAGACCACAGAUGAACCUGCAUCUGACAGUGUGGAGAUCUCCAGGAGGCUUCUUAUUGGGCAACAUAUAGAGGAAGCACCCAUCAGCUGGACUUUCAUGCAGAGGUGGCGGGAGCACAGUGGGAAUGAAUUGGAGAUGCUUAACCUAGUUCAGAGAUCAGAAGAGAGAAAGACAGGAGCAGUGGAGGACCAGGGUGUACUAGUGGACACAGACCGGCUGAUAGGGCAGGAGACAAUCACUUUGACGCAGGAACAGAAGCAGGCUGAAUGGAAACGCAGGCAAGCUUUGCUACUUGGGCCUGUUGUACUGGAUGAUGAGAGUGAUGAGAGGGCAGAGGUGGAGCAGAAUGGUGUUCCAACUUCAUCUCCAAGCUCCAGUGGGGUCACAGGGAGUUUGGGAGACCAUGAAUGUUUCUCACCUGAAUCCAGCAGCAACAGUAACCAGACAGAACAUGCCAGCUCAGGUUUACAGUGUAUGUCUGAUGGUGGCUCAGCUGUACUGGGGCCAUCGCUGCACUCCCAGAAGAUUGCUCGAGCCAAGUGGGAGUUCCUCUUUGGCACCACAACAUAUACUGCGCAACAAGAGAAAAACCUGUGCACUGCACCUCCUAGCUGCCACUCCACCCCAACUCCACCAAAUUACCUACCACUGGAGGAAGUUUCUCUCCGGGCAAAUCAUGACGUGCAACGUGUUGAGGUGGAGCUUGUGACACCUCCCCCUGCGGCUCCAGGCACCUCCCCAAAAAUGGGCAUUAUUCGUCGGACUUUGAAGUACUCUGAGACCGAUCUAGACGCGGUUCCGUUGCGCUGUUACUGGGAGACUGACAUUGACGAGGUGCUGCUCGCAGACAAGGACGACUCUGACUCAGCUUUUGGGAGCAACCGUAGCGUGAUGGGGACCUCUGGUACAGGAAGCAGCCCAGUGGGAGAAACUGCAUACAAGAGAACAGAUGGAGAAGAGGAGGAGGAGGAAGAUGAAGAGGAAGAUGUGGCCAGCUGGGCGAGUGUUCGCACACAGUGUGAUAUGAGGAGGCUGCAGGCCAGUAAAGAACAGGAUGAGGAGAUACUUAGCCUGCUGUUCAAGAGGCCCUAUUUAAAUAACAAUCGCCCAGCCCUGAAAUCACCUGUUCUAGUACGAGGUCCACCCCAAACUUCAAGUGACAACAUGGACAAAUUUAGUCACCAUUUUGAAAGCAUCCUGGAGUCGCAGCGAGCUAAAGGCACCUCCUACAACAGCCUGGACAGCCUGGAGCACCUAACCUCCAGCUCUCAGACCAUGCUGACGUUUGACCUCCCAACCCUGACCCCACAGGUUAAGGCUCAGAUGUAUCAUAGCGCACGGCAGAUCGUAGAGCUGAGCUUUGCCCCCCUUGCACAUGCUGAGAUGCCCAGUGUGUCUGAGUCAGCUCUGACCGUUACGGGGGACACAGAUGCCACAAGGGCACCGUCUAGCGAGCGGCUCAGUAGCGGCUCAGAUGACAGGUCAGCUGGACACAGUUGGACCAGUGACAAUGCGUUCAUGCUGCCCAGGGAAAAACGGCUGGCAACAGAUGCAGUGUUGGAACAGGAGCUGAACGAGCGUUUGGGACUGGGAAGCAAUGACACGUUAAUCAGCAGUAACCGCGCUGACCUGGAGGCUGCUAAGCGACUGGCAAAACGGCUUUACAACCUCGAUGGGUUCAGGAAGUGUGAUGUCGCUCGCCACUUAAGCAAGAAUAAUGACUUCAGCAAGAUGGUAGCAGAGGAAUACCUGCGUUCGUUUAAUUUUACAGGGCAGACCUUGGAUCAGGCACUGAGGACCUUCCUUCAAGAAUUUGUGCUAAAUGGAGAAACACAGGAGCGAGAGAGAGUCCUGGCUCACUUUUCACACCGAUACCUGCAGUGUAACUCUAUCCUCAAACUCUCUGAAGACAGCGUCCACACGCUGACCUGCUCCCUGAUGCUGCUCAACACAGACCUGUAUGGCCAGAAUAUUGGCAAGCGAAUGUCCUGCACUCAGUUCAUUGGAAAUCUGGAGGGACUCAACAAUGGCCAAGAUUUCCCUAAAGAACUCCUCAAGGCUCUCUACAACUCCAUUAAGAAUGAGAAGCUUCAAUGGACAAUUGAUGAAGAGGAGCUGCGUAAGUCGUUCUCAGAGUUGGGAGAGCACCGUGAAGACACAACUACAAGAGGCACAGGAGCUGGGAUUGUGCCAACGUCCGGUGCACUUCUCUACAAGACGGGCUUCCUGGUGCGCAAAGUCCACGCUGACUGUGACGGCAAAAGGACCCCACGAGGGAAAAGAGGCUGGAAGACCUUCUAUGCUGUCCUGAAGGGUCUUAUCCUUUACCUUCAGAAGGGUGAGUAUCGGCCUGAUAAGCAGCUUUCUGAUGAAGAUCUGAAGAAUGCCGUGUCCAUCCACCACUCACUGGCGAUCAGAGCUACUGAUUAUCACAAGCGACCCAACGUGUUCUACCUGCGCACGGCCGAUUGGAGGGUCUACUUGUUCCAAGCUCCGAAUGCAGAACAAAUGCAGUCUUGGAUUACUCGCAUCAAUACAGUGGCGGCCAUGUUUUCUGCCCCUCCUCUCCCAGCUGCCAUUGGCUCCCAGAAGAAAUUCAGUCGUCCACUGCUACCAGGCUCAACUUCCAAACUCUCACAGGAGGAGCAGGUAGAGUCUCACGAGGCUCGGUUUCAUGCCACCUCCACAGAGUUGGCAGAGCUUCGCUCAUACCCACCUGACCGGAAAGUCAAAGGUCGUGAGCUUGAAGAAUACCGUCUUAGGGAAGAGUAUUUGGAGUUUGAGAAAACAAGAUAUGAGACGUACAGCAUGCUGCUGAGAGCAAAGCAACGCUGUGAGAGUGACGAUCUUUCAGUGUUUGAGGCCAUGCUGCUGGCAGAGGGCUCACUACAGAGGGCUCAAUCCAGCCCCAGUCUCCAGGAAAUCAGUGGCAUAUGCAGUACCAGAGAGAAGGCUCCGUCCACCACAGGCAAUGGCACAGGCACCGGCACUAAUCAAGGCCAGAGACACAGCUAUCGUCAGGCUGUCAGGAAGUGACUCAGGAACCUCAACGAUAGCUCUUUGUAUUAGAAAGGAAGUGAGGUCAUUCGCUUUUCCUGCUCUCUGUGCCUUGAAGCAAAGGGCACAGAUCCUGACUGAGUUUGACUCAGAGUGUGCAGGUGCUGAGAAAGGACGUGGAGGGACAGGAACAUGUGAGACACUCCAUGGUGUUUGUCAAGGGCUGAAUUAAGAGAUGGAAGGAAUUUAUCUGCUCAUCACACUUUUUUUUUUUUUUUGCAUCUUCAGUUUCCACGUGUACUUCGGAUUUGCACACUUUCAAAUCUCAGAUUGAAUCAAUCUUAGGACCAAAAGCUCUGUACCUUUAAAAUGACUGUAAGCACUGCAUCAUAAUAGCAGUUGUGUAAGGGUCAUUCGGUCCAAAUAAAACCGGUGAUGGUGGAGAUCUGUCUUAUUACAAAACAUACUGAAAUACCACUUACAUAUUUGUUUUAUGCUCAUAGGAACAAAGGGCAUCUCAUUCCACAAGGUUCCUUCCUAUUUGUGCCCACAAUUUUUAUACACACUCCUAUAACAGCACAGAGCUGAUCCACUUCUAUGUGGAAAUGGACUGAAUCCCAAACAGCUCCCUGUAUGAUUUUAGUGCAGCACCAGGUGUGUGAAAAACUCUGCCCUGUGUAUAGCAAUAUACUGUAGUCACACCGAAAGCCAUUUUGAAUGGAUUCUGUCUAGCCCUUUAUUUUAUCCAUAAAACACUUCCAUGAAUCAACCAUGGAGUAACAAUAUGAGUGAGCACUAAUAGUCCCUACCAGUCCCUAUGGCACUAAAAAUAACUUCUCAUGGCACUGCAACUUGUGGACUGAGCAGAUGGUCUCGGUAAAGAGAUCAAAUAAGUGGCUUUUCUUUUUGAAUGCAAAAAUUUGUAUGCCCCAGAAUGUCUCUUGCACUCAAACUUCAAUAUUCUUACCUUUAUUAUGAUGUCUCUGGAGUUUAUUUACCUUUGAAUAUUAUAACUUCUUACUUGUCUUUGUUCUUUUUCUUGGUUUUCUUGGCUGAGUGUUUUUUGUCCAACGUGGCCAGCAUGGCUGAAUAGUGAUGGCUUCUUGUAAUCUCCUCUCUUCUCCAGAAAAGCAGUGAAUCUAUUGGUGAGAAAAUGAGAAAUAUACCAUGUCUUUUGGCUGUCUUUUAGGCUUCUCAUGUUUCCUAACUAACUUUCUGAAUGACUCGUUACACACCUGGUCCUUUCACGUGUCUCCGAUAUCUGGAUCAGUUCCAAAUGUAUUGUGUUUAAAACCAGUUCUAAUAAUCUUAUUACAAAACUUGUUCAUUUCUUUGAUCCCUGCCAUUCAUGACCAAACACCAAUGCAUUUCAUCAUAAGAAAGCUGGCACCAUAAAAGUAAACCUGAACACAAAAUGUGAUUUAAAUUUACUUGUUUUAAGUAAAGCGACUGACGUUUACAUAGGACAACUAGGUCAGAGGUCAGCAUAGAAAGCUUAUUAUGAGCGAUACGGCGAUCUGAGACAGAUCUGGACAACCACAGAUAUUUGGCCAAAAAUUUAAAUGCAUCUCUUCAAGUGGACUUGACAUACUGUACAAGACUCUUGAUAUGAUUGGGUGUAAAUGGUGUCAGUGUGUCUGAUUUUUUUCACUUGGGCAGUGGUUACGAAUCGGUCCAUUAUUGUGUUAUGUUCUGUAUGUUUUUAUGAAAGUGUGCUUGGAGAAAAAAAAUUCAAAUGUAUGUUGAAUGUUCGGUACAUGGACGGAUCCUGGAUUAUCAGUUCAUCAACUGCAGCUUGUCCAGCAUUGGCCUACAGUAUAUUUGUAUGCUCGGUCAGAACAUUCCCAUGUUAGAUUAUUUGGCACGCUUUGACCUGUACAAGAGAUAUUAAUACACAGAUGAAUCUGUAAUGUCUGUAUAAUGUAUGUAUAUUAAUUACCGAGGCAUUGUCUAUUAGAAUAUUAUUAACUCAGUGAGUCAUGGUGAUGAGAUUCUGCAAUCACAUUUAGAGAUUCACUUGUUCUCAUCAUAUAUUAUAUUUAUUAUUCUGUUUGGUAUAAUGGUUUCAGCAAGUAAAUGUGGCGUAAAAACAAGCAUGUCUGAUUUUUCCCGGUCUUGGAAUAUGAAGAUUUGAGAAGAGGAAAGCAGGUAAAAUUACUUUGUAACAAUGGAGUGUAAAAAAAUCUAGACAUGAAUUCAACACGUAUUUAGUUCUAUAAUAUAGUGUAACAUAUUUAUCCAUAAAAAAUUAGGAAAUUCAACUCCUUGUUAUUUAUAGAUUAAAUGGGCCAUAUACUGA